CCAUUUCAGUUCAGUUUAAGUUCCCUCAAAACCCUUAAAACUUCAUCUCGCCGGAGAGAUAAAUAAUCUCCGUCCGGCAUGGCGUCAAACCAACAGGAAGGCUACGCAGAUGAUUUCUUAGAGCAAAUUCUAGCGAUUCCUUCUUAUGCUGAUGUUGGCACUCCCUCAGAAACGACGUCGUUUAACUCCUCGGCGAGUGCCGUAUCUCAUCAUCUUAAUAACUCUGUUCCCGGUGGCGGACUACAUCAGCAACCGUUGUUUCCGUUGGGAUUAAGCUUGGAUAACGGACGUGAUGACGUCACCGACCCUGCUGCUUAUGCUGUCAAGCAUGAAAGAGAAGGGAUGAAUAUCGGAAAUUUAUAUGCAGGUCUAGAACAACAUUUGCAUUCUCAUGCAGUUCGACACGCUGUGCCUCCUGUUCACCAUGUCCAGCCUUUUCAAGGUCCUCCAACGACAAGCACAACAGUAACGGUACCGCACCCACCUUCAAUUCGUCCUAGGGUUCGAGCUCGAAGGGGACAAGCCACAGAUCCACAUAGCAUUGCUGAGAGGCUGAGAAGAGAGAGGAUAUCAGAAAGAAUAAAGGCUUUGCAGGAACUGGUACCCAGCUGCAAUAAGACAGAUAGGGCCGCAAUGCUUGAUGAGAUUCUGGACUAUGUGAAGUUCUUAAGGCUUCAAGUUAAGGUACUGAGCAUGAGUAGGCUGGGAGGAGCCAGUGCGGUGGCACAACUUGUUGCUGACAUUCCGUUGCAAUCUGUGGAGGGGGACAGUGGUGAAAGUAGAUCCAACCAGCAUAUCUGGGAUAAGUGGUCCAAUGCCGACACAGAACAAGAGGUUGCUAAGCUCAUGGAGGAAGAUGUUGGCGCGGCCAUGCAAUACCUUCAGUCUAAAUCCCUCUGCAUCAUGCCCAUAUCACUUGCUGCACUCAUCUAUCCUACUCAGCAACCGGAUGACCAGUCACUGAUCAAGCCUGAACCGGCAGCCCCAUCAUAGACCUCCAAUUCGUUGCACGUGCCUCUGAGAACUCCUAAUGGUCCUGUGUCCCACCCCUCCUUUGUGUCCUUACCUACCAUCACUUUGUAUUUUUCUCUGCAAUUGGUGGCAAUGCAAUCAAUGUCAGAUGCCACAACUUUUGCUUUUAGCCCAACCAUUGGCCCCUGUUAUUACCUUUCUGGAGUUCCGUCAAACAAGGCAUGAUGUCAUACCUUGGACAAAGUUAAGCACCCAAUCAAUUAGCAUCAUUUUCAGAUGAGGUGAGCUUCUUUUUCAAAGUUAUCUAUGAUUAACAGCUCUUCCCCCAUUUUGUUGUGGGAUUGUGGGGACUCCCUUUUAUCCUUUGCAUAGUGGAUGGUGGGGGCGUUGUAAAAGUAACCAACUGGUUGUUGUAAAGUGUAAUGUAAUUUUAGUAUAUUAUUGCAAUGGAUAGUUGAAGUUGCUCUCCCCCGAAAAA